AUGGAAAAAAAAGAUAAGAAGAAACAUAUGAAAAAUGUGUCUUUUAAGACACAACGGGAGAAAACUGUUAGCACGCUUAAAGAGUUCAUCCUUGAAAAGCCUAAAAAGAAAACCAAAAAGAAAAAGAGCCUCAUCAAUACAAAUCCUAAAGAAGAAAGCGCAGUGAAAGAGUUUGACAUCAACGAACCAGCAAAAGCAGAGUCAAAUGAUGAUGAUGAUGAUGGAAUAAUCAAAGAUCUAAUUAAACAAAGGAAGGUGACAAAGUGGAAGCUGACACAAAAUUUAAGUGAUGAAGAAGAUCAGGUUAUAGAAGAAGACCAAGAUGAAGAAUACGUGCAAGGGAAGGACGAUGAAGAGGGUGAAGAAACUGCCAUAGAGAAAGUUAUUGUCGAGGACUCAGGAGUGUCCGAAAAUGAGUUUGAACACGAAAACAAUGUUGAAGGUGAGGACCCAAAGGAACCUCUACAGGACCCAGUCAUGCCAGAGACCGCCAACCCUGAAAAAGAGAAAACCUUAGAGCCCAGCCCAGCUGAAGAGUCCAGUCAAGAAGAAGAGCCAAGAGAAAAAGAGCCAAAGGAAAUCAAUUGCUGCUGA